AUGUCUGACACCCUAGCGUCUUCAUUGCCCGUCAUCGGCCCGCGAAGAGCCGCUCGACCUCAUCCACUCGGCAAGGAGAUACGUCUGCGCAUUCAUCUCGAUGGGUGCAAGGGUUUACCCCAACCGAAGACUCCAUUCGAGAGUUCUGCGCCUCGGGUAUUCGAUGUCAGAAUUUGUUAUAUCUCGCGCCAGGAUGAUCUGAAGUUUGUGGACUCUUCGCGCGUCUUUGAGGGCACAGGCUGCCUCCAAGGCACGGCACGAUGGGAUGAGACUCUAUACAUUACCUGUGUCGAGCACAGCUUUGUUUACAUCCGCUUGUUUGAUGGAGAAUACGACGACAUUUGCGAGUGUGUCUGCGCUACAGGAGAUCUUUUGCAAGUUUCUUCCGUAUCACUUCUGCCGACUGCAGGUACCCCAUCUCGCUACGACACCACCCAAGCAUGCACUCUUCACAUCUCUACCUCUGCAGCUCUUGCUGAUGGCGAAGAGGAGAACUGCGAGCUCGCCAACGAAAGCAGUGUAACGUCUGAGUGUGAUGGUGCUCCCUCCGCAUCACCAUCGGCUACGACUUCAUGGGAUGUUGCUUUCAGUGGACUUUUCUCUUUUGGGGGAGCCGUCUCGCGAGCAGAUAUUUCGAAUACUGGUCGCAGUGUAUCUUCAGCACAGGAUUUGACCUACAGAGCGUACCAGACAUACAGUACUCAACAAUCUAAUAAUCCGCAAAUCGACAGCUUGCUCAACUCCUUGACGACGGCUGUCAAUACAUGCGUGCAGGUCCAAUCCACGCGUGUACUGCAGAGCAAGGAUUGUGUGGAGCAAAUUAUUGAUCAACUAUUUGGGCUAGCAUCUCACAUGCAAGAUAUUGCCCGAAGCUUCAGCCCCGACCCCAACGAAUACCGCGAGGAAGAACUAGCAAGACUCGUCCUAAUCUUCGUCACACCGGAUCCACCUACCGGAGUCGACAGCACUUCCACCGGCGGCGAUUGGGCCGCACUCUACGGGACAAUCGCCAAGGAUGCGCUCCUUCUCAUCUUGGAGGGAAUCGUGCAGUCCUCCGACGCAUUUCCGCCUCUGAAGAGUGCGGCCAGUGGGCUACUCUUCUUCGCGACGUCUGCAGAUCUUGCGUCGAGCAACAAGAAGCAAAUCCGCGACAUACACAAGCGAGUCAACAGCCUAGCUGCUUCGCUCAGAUGUGGUGCCGAAGAUGGCAGCAUGCUCUCAUCGGCACAUCACAACGCCAUUGGCGUUCUCGCCGCUGACAUCUCAGCGCUGAAAGAAGACCUCGAGGCCAUCGUCCUCGAACGCAAGAGCCGCUUCAGGCGCUUCUUCAGCGCGAAGCGCCAUCGCGAGGAGCUGCAAGACAUUGUCCAGCAGAUGGACCAUGCCCGGUUGACCUACACCACGGCAGUCGCCACGCUAAACGCAGCGAUGAACGCACAAGUCUUGGCUCAUGUACGAGCCGUGACGUUCACUAUGGGCGUCAGCCCGAUGCAUGCGCCGGGAACGCGUCCUGUCGAGGCUGCUUCAUUCCCGUUUGCAUCGUCGCGAUUCGAAGAGGUCUCAGUUUGA